UGUGGAUUAUUGGGUCCAAGACAGAUGUUGCGCCGCCAGGGUCUCCUCAAGUGCCGCUGCCGCAUGCUUUUCAAUGACUUGAAGGUCUUAUUACUCCGGCGCCCCCCGCAGACGCCUAGUUUGCCCAUGAACAGCUCAGAAUGUGAGGUGGGCGCCGGAGGCGGCUUGGCAGCCAACAAUAAUACAUUGACAGCUUUGGGGCGAGCUUGGAGGGUUCCAGCAGGUGGGACGACCACCCCAGAAGAGAACUGGUGCUAUCCAGCUACAGCCCCUGGACUCCAGCACCAGCCGACGUCCAUGGUCAGUAGCACCUCUUCAGAUGAGUUCUGCAAAGGGAAAGCUGAGGAUAGGUACUCUCUUGGCAGCCUGGAUAGUGGCAUGAGGACCCCUCUUUGCAGGAUCUGCUUCCAAGGACCUGAACAGGGGGAGCUGCUGAGUCCGUGCCGCUGUGACGGGUCUGUCCGUUGUACGCACCAGCCCUGCCUGAUCAAGUGGAUCAGUGAGCGGGGGUCCUGGAGCUGUGAGUUGUGUUAUUACAAGUACCACGUCAUCGCCAUAAGUACUAAGAACCCUCUUCAGUGGCAAGCCAUCUCCCUAACCGUCAUUGAGAAAGUGCAGAUUGCAGCUGCCAUCUUGGGCUCCCUCUUCCUCAUUGCCAGCAUCUCCUGGCUCAUCUGGUCCACCUUCAGUCCCUCAGCAAAAUGGCAGCGUCAGGACCUGCUCUUCCAGAUCUGCUACGGCAUGUACGGCUUCAUGGACAUUGUGUGUAUAGGACUGAUUAUCCAUGAAGGACCUUCAGUUUAUCGGAUAUUUAAACGGUGGCAAGCAGUGAACCAACAAUGGAAAGUUCUCAACUAUGACAAGUCUAAAGAUUUGGAGGAUCAGAAAUUAGGAACAAACCAACGUACUAUCCAGCGCACUUUAACCCAGACUAAUAACUCCACCACUACCACUGCUGGCACAGCAAAUAAUUCCACACCCGGGGACAGUGGUGGACGCGGAGCUACCAUGUCUGACCAUCACUGUGCUUACACUUUUUUUCACAUCCUCAGCCAUCUCAGACCACACGAACAUAGGAGCCAAACUAGUACUAACAGAGAGUUUGUCAUGAGAGUGACCACUGUCUGAGGUUACCUGAAGGCCUUAUCUGGGAGAUGUGUGCCUUGUCUUUAAAAUCAAUGCCUCAGCUAAACCUUCUCAAGGGCAGGAGGUGUCGAAGAGGUCAUGGAAGCUAAUGUGCUGGUCCAGCCUGGUCCAGGGUUUAGCCUAACGUGCAAUAUGGCCUGUAACCUGAUUAAAGACCUAGUAGCAUGACUAUUGCACCCACCUGGAUGAUCUUGCAGUCACCAAAUGCACAUGGGGAGAGUAAGAAAUGCCCUCAUGCAAUGUCCACCAUUUAUCAGUUUCUGUAUGCGGGCUGAGAGUUUCCACUUUUACAAGUCUCAGCAGAAAUGCCGCGUAAGCACAAAGGUGUAUUCUGUUAUGUGUUUUUAUAAAAUAGACUCUAAGCUCCAGCUUUUAUUAAGGAGAUUCUGUCUAUUUUCAUGUGAGUACCCUCCUUGAGGUUUCUAAUGAUUGCAGCUCAGAAUCAAUGUGCAGCAGGUAAAGCCUGUACAUUUCUGUGUUAGUAUCUUUUUUCAGGAAUGCAUAUAAGGAAUCUGUCUGGAUUCUUGCUCUCACUUUCUUUCUUCAACUUGGCGGACAGAGCCGAAAACCCUUUUUACCACAAUUGUUCCUAGAGUUAAAGAAUCAAGAAUAUGAUUAUUAUUUCUAGUAGAACUGAUUUGCCCACAAACUGAUGUAAAGGCAAAUGAUUUAUACCCAAGCUCCUGCCCUAUCUAGCACAACUGAUUUAUCCACAGUUGAGUGGAAUUUACAACUACAAGAACUGGUGAUUUAGUCACUUAUCCUGAUUCCCUCCAUUGUGUCUCAGAAUCAGGCGGCAGCAAGUAAAGCCCCUACAGUUCAGUCAUUCACACAAAGUAUUCUUCACGAAAACACUUAAAGGUUUCCUCGUUCUUCCUAUCUGUAGGAUUCUUGAUCAAUAGAGGAAAUAAUUCUUUAAUCCAUUUCUAUUACUGUUACAAGUUACUCUCUAUCUAGCACAAUUGAUUUUUCUAGUCACAUGUAAAGGUGGAAUAAUCCAAUUCCUUUUUACAAUGGCAAGAAUUUGGGGUUUUAUCCUCUGCUCCUAAUCACCAAAACCUCAUGAAUUACUUUUGUUUCUACCGUAGGAUCCUUAUCAGAAGCGACCAUCAUCCCCCUAUGGUCCAUUAAUAUGGCUGAGUGCAGUGUGAUCCUUCACAUUGCCAUGUAAGUGCAGAAGAUACAGCUUUGUCCUUACAUUGACCAGAAUUGGUGAUUUUAUCCACUUUUCCCAGAAUUUAUACUAGCCGUUACUCAGUGUCAAGAUGCAGCAGGUAAAGCCUGAACAAUCUUGUAUAAGAACCAGAAUUCAUCGGACAGUUGUGAUCGAGUUCCUCCUGGCCUUGAAUUCUUUAUCUCGAUGGUUACAAGUGAAACAUAUUUUCCUUUUACUCCAUUGUUAUUGUAACAAAUAACUUCCUCUACACGACACCAAUGAUUUUCCCAUAAUCUGGUGAUUACUCAGAUGGUAUCUCAGAACAGGGGCUGUUAUUCUUCUCCUGGUGUGGUGUGAGGAGUCCAUAAUCGGGGGUGACCACCACAAUUGCUAGAGCACAAAAGCAACAAAAUUAUUAAUGCUAAGUGUUAAUGGAGACGUUCACUCCAAUCAAUGAUAAAUACGAUAUUAAAACCUAAGUCUGAGGACAAACCUUAAAAGGACCAAGUCCUCUGCAAAUCGCAGAGCUCAACCCAUUUCAAUAUCCUAUAGCACAAGUGGGGGUGGGGGUUAAAUUAUUGCAACAUCCAUGAAAUCAAAACCAACCAUUACUGGACCCAACCGUCUGUUGGACCAUGUGAGUGGGUGAAUUAGCAGAUGGGAGUAGUCACCGAGCGGAUUAGUUCACUGAUACAGGAACGCUGGAAAUUGGAGGGUUGCACCACAAAUUUCAUACUG